GCGAGAGCUAUCCUAUAUAAUACGCACCCCACGGCCAAAGAUCCAUCCAACCCCAUUUCACAGCAUCCAUCCAUUCCAGAGCAAUAACAGCUUCCUGACUUCCCAUCUCAUCGAGUGUUUUUCGAUCGGUUGCCAAUGGCGGACAUAGCGAUGCUGGUGGCCGACGAGGCGUUCGAGAAGAGGCUGCAGCGAGGGGCGCCCUUCGCCGGCGCCGGCGAGGAGGCGUCCAAGGGACGGGAGAACUUCGGGGCCGUGACCAAGGUGUGGGGCUCCUGGGCGUCGGGGGUCAAGGUGCGCGUCGCGCUGCUCGUCAAGGCCGACAUGGUGGCCGAGCCCAAGACCCCGGUCGCCCUGGCAGCCUUCGACGGCUUCUUCUCUGCUUGAUGAGUGUGAAUUAAUUCGGAGGAGUUUACCGGGUGGAGUACCUCCCCCCCUUAAACCAGUGUCAUGGAACUCCGAUUUGUACAUAACCGUGUGCUUUACUGAUUUGCAACAAAGAGAAGUACACUUUUUGAACGGCAACUAUGUGUUUUGACAUUUCGGGGCUGUUUGGUUUAAGCCCCAACUAGCCCCAUCAAAAAUUUGCUAUGAUCAAUGUAAGGGCAUGACCAAAUUUUUGGCAAGUCCUUGUUGUUUGGUUUGUAGCCAUUGUACCAUCCCCAAAAACUGUCAAAAUAGUCCUUUGUGUGGUUUGCAACCAAUUAUA